UAUGAGCUUCCUUCAUGUUCAUUAAUAAUCUUAUCAUUAAUCCACUGAAGAAUCCUAACAUUCUCAUAAAUUGAACUUUCUUCAAAUUCAAAACGUUGACAUAAAAGAAUAUAAAAAAAAAUGGAUGUUACACUUUAACUCCAUACCUAAUUACAAAGUCUUAGAAGGAAUGUAUUAUCAGCUUCAACAAGCUAAGUCUUCAGAUGAUAGAAUGAAAAAUGAGGAAAUAUUACUUCAGUGUAUUCUGAUUAGUGUUCAAGCUCCACUAAGUAUUAAACUUGUAUAUUUUUUAAAAAUUAUAAACAGUCUGAUGAAUAAUGGUUGCUAGUUAGUGAAUUGAUGCCUACAUAUAGGACUCCCAAAGAAUUAUAGGAAAUGAGUUUAUAAUUUCUACAUUAAUCAGCUUAUAACAAUCCUUGGACUGAUUAAGAAGAUUAAUAAUUGCUUGAAAUUAUAUUGUAAAUUGUUGUUCUAGAUUUUAGGUCAUUUUUGAAAUAAAAGAAAGGCAAUAAAUGGAGUAAGAUAGCAAAAGAACUAAAUGAUGUAAGUUAAAGUAAAUUCAUGAGAACACCAAAAUAAUGUAGAGAAAGAUGGGGUAAUAAAUUAGAUCCAUCAAUAAAUCGGUAAAGUCUUUUUUUAUUAUUUCAGUGAAGAAUGGAGUGAUUAAGAGGAUCUUUAUUUCUUACAAUUACUCUUACAACAUGGACGUAGAUGGGCUGAGAUUGCCAUUAGACUUUCAGCUAUAACAGAAAGUAAAAAGAGAACAGAAUUUGCUUUGAAACAUCGUUACAAAAAAAUGAUCCUCUGUUCUAAUACAUCAUGUAUAAAUCAUAUAAAAAUAAAUUUAGGUUCUAAAUUAAUUAUUGGACAUAAAUCUUCUGUAUCAUCAGAUUGGAAUACAAAGGAGGCUAAUAAAAUAAUUGCUAAAAUUUCUUAAUUAGAGAAGUUAAUUGAACCUGAAAAGUCCAAUUUAUAUAAUUGUUAACCUUUUAACAAACAGAUCAAACUUAAUGACUCAAGUAGAUUAGUUUUAAUCAGAGGAUCAUGUAAAGAGGAAAUAGAUUUAUCAAAACUUUUUCAUUUGAUAAAUCUAAUGAAUCUUCCUCUUUUGUAGGGUCAGGUUUGA